AUGGAAGAGGUUGUAAAUGAGAAUAGCCCUUCUCUGAAAAUGGAAGAGUUGAGAGAUUUGAAAAGAAGAGCUUUAGUAUGUCUUAGUUCUAUAGCCGAUUCUGCUCCCACUCCAACCAAAAGAGAGAAGCGUGAGCACGCUGAUCGAGAGCUAUACUGUUCUCUCAUUAAAACAUUCGAUAAUAAAGCAUGGAAACAUUCUGAUCUAUGUGCCAAAGAUUUAGUAAGCCAUGGAUGGAGAAAUAACAAUGGAAAAACUGUCAAAUGCGAUUCUUGUCAGAAAGUGAUUUGUACUGAUCUACCGAGCAUAUCAGAGAAUGUGGAUGUAUAUAAAAAAUGCGUGAGUGAUAUAAAUAGACGGAUUGUGGAAUCUCAUCAACUCACGUGCCCAAGAAGAUCUUCUUCGAUUAAAAUUUCCAAGUUCGAGAACUUGAUAGAUCUCAAAGCUGAUAUGAUUAAAAGGCUUAAAUCGAACGAUGAUGACUUACAAUUAAAAAUUGAUUUCGCUAUGGAGGUUCCGACCCAGUCUUUCUCUUCUUAUCCCAGGGAAAGAGUGAUAUGUUCUUUAUUAAAUUGGGGUAUUACAAAACAGGUUGUAUCACCUAAUAAGUGCAGAUUGCAAUUUGCCUGUGAUCUGUGUAAUCGCUGUACUUCACUCAGCGAGAAUGAAUCAUUUGAUCCAGUGCUGAACCAUAUGAAGUGGUGCCCUCUCUUCGACAAGGAUAACAACGGAAUGGCAAUGUGGAGAUCUCAUUUAUCGCUUCUGACUCAAGAAAAAACUGUCCGAAUUACAUCCGAGGCCACAUCCAUGAUUGUAGGCAAAGUCAAGUCUUUACUCAGGAAGUCUAUAUCAACUGUAGCGCUUGAAGAAUGUAAUUAA